AUGCGGGUUCGUAAAAACGGGUCAAUUUUACAACUUUCAGGUGUUCCGCCAAAUGAGUGUGUAAUUUAAGUUGACAACGACACACCAACUUUUUCUUCAGGGUGGACAUUUUGAACACGUGAAAAUUCUCAAAGACGAAAAUCAUAGAUCUUAUCUGUCAAUAACACAUACAUUUCAUAUUUCGAUUAUGAAUUUUAUGUGUGACAUAUGAUUGUCAUAUGAAGCAUAUGAAAUCUAAGUGUAGAACAACUUUGAAGACGUAUGUGUAAGGGAAACAUACAUCCGAAGUGUGGAUUUUUUUGCAGUGUAGGGCUGAGAUAAAAGAUCUCCACUGCUGGCGAUCCGGAGCCAGCGUCUUCACUUGCUGUCAGCCAAGGUUCUCGUCAACUGUGCGGAUUUCAGCGGCUAGACUUCGCCGCCACGAGCUUUUGGGCCUGCCUCUUCUUCGAUGCCCAUCUGGAUUCCAGUCAAGCGCCUCUCUGCAAAUCUCGUUUUCAUCUCUUCGCAGCGUGUGCCCAAUCCUUCUCCACUUACGUUACCGAAUCUCGAUUUCUAGCACGUUUUGAUGACACCGGCGAUGAAGUUCAACGUUUGAGAUCCAGUUGCCAGGCCACCAAGCGCGGAUGAUGUUCCACAGGCAGCGAUUCACAAAAACUUGCAGUUUUCGCGUCGUCACGGCAUAUGUGCAACAAGUUUCACACCCGUACAGCAAUACGGAUUUGACGUUUGAGUUGAAGAUUCGGAUCUUAGUUCGUAGAGAGAUCUUGCGUGACCGCCAGAUGUUUCGGAGACUCGCAAACGCAACCCCUCACCAAACAUGACCCUAUAAACCUCAAGAUACAUGACAGACUCGACGGUCUAUCAAUCGCCAAAAAGAACACCAAUACGCAACAACUCGAACAACUGCCUUAUUUACUAUGAACAGUACCCACUCUGAAAAAAAAACCUUUCCAGAUGCUUCCAAAAUAAAUGAAACUUGUGGCAUUGGUAUAUUCAACGAAUACUACAAACAAAGAUUCUCCUUUAAACUGGCCCAUGAGAUCAGUAUCACCGAAGCUGAAAUAACAGCAAUCGAAAUAGCCCUUGAACGUUUAGUCACACCGAAUUCGUCCUCUACACUAAUUCACUAUCAGCAUGCACCACCCUAAAGAAUGCAGAAAAUGAGACAAUUACACAAAAUACUGCAACUUGCCCAUAGAAAGAGAGUCACCCACCAUUCAAUGGAUUCCUAGCCAUAUCGGUCUAUUCGGGAAUGAUUUAGCCGACAGUCUAGCUAAACAAGCUAUUACAGAUACUGGCUCUCAAUUAAUUGAUAAUCUUUUUUGCAUUAACGAUGCCAUCCUGAAAAUUAAAAAAAAAAAACAAACUAAAGCAGCAAACGAUUGGUACCAAAACUAUGCCAAUGCAGAAGGCAAAGGAAAAACCUUUUCCUGAUUCAAAACUCCUUGGAAGAAAAAUCCUGAUAUCACAACAUCAAGUUAUCUAAUACCGAAGUUAGAUUAUUAACCCUUCAUUUCAUGAUUUUUUAUUUUUCCCCAAAAACCAUUUUUAACAGUUGGAAAUGAUGAGUACAUCAAGAAAAAAAAAUUAAAUAAAAUACGAUUUUUCACUUUUUCCAUACAUUAAUUGUUGCAAAUUUGUUACUUUAUGAAACGAAGGGUUAAAUAUUCACCAAACUGGAAACACAAAAUAAAAAUAAUUGAUGACGCUGAAUGCGAACUUUGUCACACUCCAGAAACAAGCGACCACCUUAUACAGCAUUGACCCAAGUACAGAACAAUAAGAUCCUCAUUCGAGUUCAUCCAGAAAUGUGCAACCUUAACCGAACUGUUUAAAACCAAAAACAUCAAGUUUUACAAAGAAAUUUGUAAAUUCGAAAAGGAAGCAAAACUCAGUCUCUGGAAAUGCGUACAAACGCUUAAUCAACCGCAGGGCAUAUAGUCCAGUUACUAGCCCUCUCCAAGGAGCACCCGCUCCAAACCAGAAAAAAAGAAGAAGAAGAACUGGUCUCUGAUUCGAAAUAUUGUGGUAAUUCUAACCGCAGAAAACAUGUCCUGUAUCGUUCCGACGUGUCUAGGCAAGGGACGCGAGUGCAGCACCCGUACCUUUCCCCACAAUUCAGCGCUGGCCCGGCGUUGGCUACGAUCAAUUCAAAUCGGAUGCCAGCUAGGGGGAGGAACUGACCCCGUAAUGGCCAUGAUCGGUCUUGAAGACAGCAGUAUUUGCGAUGCCCAUUUCGACUGCCACCACGGUCGUGUUUUAAACGACCUGUACGUGGAACCGACCAUUUUUUGCGACAGUCAAGGAAGAACAGUAACAGUUUUAACAUGUUCGAUGUGUUUGGAGUUUUAUACGAAGAAAGAGUUUCUCCGAUGUGACCAAAUCCUGAACCAAAGGACUGUUCAAUUUGACACGAUUGAAAAACUGCUCGGAACAAAAAAUUAUAGCUCCACCUUCGUGUGUAUGGAAUGUGUGGCCAAACUAGAGAUUAUAAGCUCAGUUUGUUCCUUUUUCGAAUUAUGUCGUAAAUCUAUCCAGUCACUUGAAGAAAUCAUCAAUAAAGUGGUUGAAGAUAAUUUCGACAAAGAGCUGAGACGAGGCGCAAAUGUAAACGAAACAAUUAAGCUCGAACCGGAAGAUAUCAGAAUGGAAGAACUCGCUACUGACACAAACGUGGAAAUUAGCAUCGAAGAAGAAUGCUCCAAAGCACCUUUAUGCCAGAAAAAGAAAUUAAUCACGCACAAAAAAUUUUCUUGUAAGAUUUGUCAAAAUGGUUUUAAAUCAAAAACUACGUUGGAUAUACACAUGACACGGAUACAUCCCAAUGAAAACCCCUUCGAAGGCGAGGUUUGCAGGGAGACGUUUCAAAUAAAGCAGAGUUUAGUUACUCAUCAAGAAUCACAUUCUAACGAGGAAAAAACUUAUGAAACAAGCAAAAAUUUAAGUUCGCAUAGUAAUGUAAAUUCCAAAAUCUGUGCAAAAGUUCAUUUAAAAAAUAUGCAAAAGAAUAUCGCUUCAGUAAUAAUCAAAUGUAAAAAGUGCGAUUUAAAUUUUGACUCAGAAGGCGACUUUCGACAACACUCCAGCGAAAUUCACGGUGAUGAGAAACCAUUCUCUUGUGAUAAAUGCAACACAAGUUUUAAAUGGAAAACUUCGCUGGAUACACACAUGAGCCGGUUACAUCCCUAUGAAAAACCUUUCUAUCGCGAGAUUGAGAGGGGAGCGUUUCAAAUAGUGCAGAAUUUAGUUACUCAUCAAGAACCACAUUCUAAUGGGAACAAUUUACAAUGCCGGAUAUGUCAUAAAACUUUUGAAACAAGAAAAGGUUUAAAAAUGCAUAGUAUUGUACAUUCUAAACACGAGCGGUUCGAGUGUAAAAUCUGUGGAAAAGUCUUCGAUUAUAAAUCGGGUUUAAAAUUUCAUUUAAAGAAUACGCACAAGAACAUCGCUUCAGUAAUAAUCAAAUGUAAAAAAUGCGAUUCAAAUUUUUUCUCAGAAGCAGAGGUGCAAAGCAUCGCAUCAUUUUGCAUGCAGCGUUCGACUUUUUCCCGACCAGAUCAAACUAACUUUAUCUUCGGAAGCGUCGGCUUGCGAACAUAGCACGCCGACUUUUGAUUGCAAAUGAACGCAUCGCAACGACGCUGUGGCACGAUUGGUUCAAAUGACUGCAUCUCUUAAGUUCAUUCCGAUGCUUUGCGAACAGUUCGCCUACUGAUUUUAAGGCGACGUCAACCGAAGGAUCCGUUCGUUUGAAUUCAUCGGGGAUAAGUUCAAACAACCUUAUCGAGAUAGGGUCGUUUGAACGUUCAAUUGAAUGUUCACUUUUGAACGUUCAAUUGAAUGUUCGUCUGAUGCGUUCGGCAGCCUAAGGCAAGACGCCGAGCCGUGUUUGGAUGGGAUGGAUUAUUGAUAUGGUGCAUUGCUUGCGUGUGAUGUUCGGUCGUCGCUCGACGAUAGAGGGUGUCGGGUGUCUUGUAGCGCGCGGACGACUUGGUAAAGAGAAUGAGGCGCAGCUACAGUUUCAUUUAACGGUGCAAUUUUACUGAAUAAAAUGCCCGAAUAGCAAAGACCAUGGUAAUAAUAUAUCGUAACAAUGAUUUUGAAUUUAACAGUAAACUUCAUAGUGAUUUCAAAAUAUUUAUCAACCGGUUUAAAUUUUGAAAAUACCAUGAUUUUUAAAGUUACCGUGAAGUAUAUCAUUAAUUCAAAAUAUUUCAAAGUUGCAAAUAUUUCAAAAACACGAACAUCGUACGGUAUCACAUUGAAAUUCUUGUGAUUUUUAUUGUACCAGUGUUCUUCAUGGUUGAAUGAUAAUCCAAACCACGCGAAAAUUGGUAAUUUUUUGCUUUUUUACACAUUUACAUUUUUUCGUGUAAUGAAAAUUUUGGCGCUCUAAAAACGUCACUUUCUCUCGGAGGAAGUUAACUUAAAUUUAAAUUUUCGCGGUCGGAAUCAGUGAAUCCGGACCAAGUCGAAAUCAAGCUGAUCGGAAUCUGAACAGAAAAUGAUGGCUUUAAAUUCGGUGAUCUUGCUGACGGAAAUUCAAAGUUCCCCAUGGCCAACUUUAGAUGUGGGCCGUAUACAAUGGCUGCGACGUGGACAAGAUAGACGUCCGAGGCAAACCGAUAUCAAACGGAUUUGUGGUCUGGUACUUCAUGAUGUGCAGGAAUCCAGCCUUGUCCCAGGAUCGGGCAGAAGAUGCGGUACAAGAGCCGCCAAUGUUACAGUUUAGAAGCUCCGUAGUGCAGAUGGUUUUUUAUAGCUUCUGGAAAGUGAUGAUUUUUUUUUAAACAAGACGAAAAAUUUGAAUAAAAAUUGAAGCAAACAAAUGAAACCUGUUUAUUUCAUUCAAUAGUAAAUAUGAAUUUAGAAGAAAAAAUAACUGAAAACAAUAAUUUUUACCAUGGAAUUUCACGGUCCUGGAAUUAUGAUAAAUUGUGAAUUAAAAUUGAUGUUCAAGAUUAUUGAACGAUUGAAAUUCAAGGGAAAACAAUGAACUCCACAGUUUCUUUGAAAAAAGUGGAAGCUGUAAUAACCGUUAACUUUAUCGUUUUGAGUUUCCAAAUGUAUGGGAAAAAGUCGAUUUUUUCAUUGUUAAGUUGCUUAACAACCCCCUUUUUUCAUGGUAAAUUUUGCUAAAACCAUAAAUUUCACUGUCCAAAACUAUGAAUUUGACAGUUUAUUCAAGGUUUUAUGUACCAUGAUUCGCAUAGUUUCAACUAUAAAAUUCAUGGUUGCGUGAAAAUGAAAUUCAUGGUCUUUUCACAAUGUUUUUCUAUUCGGGUGCAAACCGCCCAACUACGGUUGGGCUUGUAAGGCUUGUAAGAGAUUGUUUAUUCUUUUUCAUUCCAUGUUAGGUUCAGAACUGAAGCAAACCGUCAAGACCCGCGAAAUUUAAUUCAAAUUUUC